GCAUUAUAUAUAACAUCAUGCUAAAGGAAUGUAUAUAGAAUUAUACUUGACAAAAAAUAGACCAGCUAUAUGAUACAUGUUACCCACAUAUCUAAUGUGAUUUAAGCAUUAUUAAGCAUUGUAUUGUAGUAAAAAUCAAAAAGAAACUUACAUUAAAAAGGAUGAAACUUAAUAAUGUUCCACGUAUAUUUCUAUGGUCGACAAUGUUGUAUUAAUUGAUAAAAGUGAUAGUAAUAAUAAAAGUUUGGAAGGAACAUUAUGUAUUAGUAGCCACAAUCUUAUCUUAUCUUCAAGACAAGGUGAUGAACAGGAGUUAUGGCUUAUAUAUAGGAAUAUUGAUGUAAUAGAAAAAAAAUUAAAUACUCAAAGUCCUGGAGGCAGUAUCAUAUUAAAAUGUAAAGAUUUUCGUGUACUUCAAUUGGAUAUUAAUUCUACAGAUGAUUUAAUCAGCGUCAUGUUGUCUAUAGAGAGAUUAGCAUCAUUAGAACAAACACUUCAAUAUCCCUUUUUCUAUAGACCAAAAGCAACAAAUGUAAUACAAAUAGAAGAUGGAUGGACAGCAUUUGCUCCUGUUUCAGAAUGGUCUAGAUUAUUGGCUGCGUACGCCGAAGAAUGGAGAAUCAGUUAUUUGAAUAUAGAUUACAAAGUUUGUAAUUCUUACCCAUCAGCCGUUAUAGUACCUAGACAUAUAGAAGAUAAAGUUAUAAUAUCUUCUGCUAGUUUUCGAGAUGGUGGUAGAUUUCCUGUUUUAUGUUAUAGACACGAAGGCGGGAGUAUUCUAUUACGGGGUAGUCAACCGAUGUGUGGUGCUACUGGUAAAAGAUGUAAGGAAGAUGAAAGGCUAUUAAAUGCAGUCUUAGGUCCUGGGAGACGAGGGUAUAUAGUAGAUACAAGAUCUGUUACCCAAGCUCAAAGUUCAAGAGCGAAGGGUGGUGGUACAGAAAUGGAUGCUGCUUAUCCUCAAUGGAGAAAAGUACAUAAAGCGGUGCCACGGCCUCAUGAUUUAGCAGACAGUUUUUUUAAAUUAAUAGAGGCUUGUAAUGAUGUAGCUAGUUCUACAUCACAAUGGUUGUCUAGACUUGAAAGCAGUGGAUGGUUAACUGCCGUUCAAAGUGCUUUAAAUGCUGCUUGUGUAACUGCUCAGUGUCUACAUCAGGAAGUUGCAGCUGUGUUAGUUCAUGGAAGUACAGGUAGAGAUUCAACAUUAAUUGUGACAAGUUUGGCACAAACAAUAUUGAAUCCUGAUUGCCGUACCGUACGUGGUCUACAAGCUCUUAUAGAACGAGAAUGGUUACAAGCUGGUCAUCAGUUUUUCACUCGAACACGGCACGGACCAUAUCAUCCUUCUCAUUCUCAAAGUCCAACACAUGCUCCAACGUUCUUACUUUUCCUUGAUUGUCUUUACCAGCUUUAUUAUCAAUUUCAAUUUAGUUUCGAAUAUAGAGUGGAUUUAUUGAUAGAAUUGUAUAGACAUAGCUACUGUUCAGAAUUCGGAACAUUUUUAGGUGAUUCAGAAGCAGAAAGAGUCCAACUUCAAUUGUCUGAACAUACUUAUAGUUUAUGGUCCUACAUGAAUCAACCAGAAGUAUUAGAAAAAUGGUUAAAUCCUUUGUAUGAUCCAAAUCCUGGAGUUAUUUGGCCUAGUGUUGCACCUAUCAGUAUUCAAUUGUGGAAAGAACUUUACCUUGCACACACCAGUGCUUCGUCCUGGAAUGGUGCUCUUUCUUGUGCAAAACAAAUAAAACAAAAUCAUUUAGCUGUGAAAAAAGUAGCUGUCCAAUUACAUGCACAAAUCAAACGUGCAUUAGAGGAAAUUCGUGAGAAUCCUGAUAUGUCUUUCGAUUUUGACGUUCAGGAAGAACAUACUCUUGUAGCACAAUUAAGUUUAGAAUCGCAAAGCACUUGAUAUAAAUUAUAAUGAUCUGAAAAGAAAAAAACUUCAUAUUGUCCUAAUAUUUUGUAAAUUUAAUUUUAUCUGAUAUAAUGUUAAUGGAUAAGUAAUUGUCACAUUUGCCAAUAGAUCCAUGUUCAUACUUUAUUAUACGAUUAUACAACUAUUAAUAUUUAUUUAAUUAAUGUUUUUCUACACUUUGAUUGUAUCAGAAAUAUAGUUUAUUAUCUUUUAUGAAGAUUAAGAAAACAAAAAAAAAAAAUAAGUAUGAGCAUGACUAAACAAAAUUUCGUAAUAUAAAUUGAUGAACAUUUUAGCAAUAUGUGUGAAAAUUAUAUUGUCAACAUGAUAUUUAGAAGGUCUUCAUAUAUAAAGUACUUAUCUAUGCAAAGAAAAAGAAAGAAAGAAAUUUUAAAUAGUACCUAGUAAUACUUUAAAUAUUAUUUUAAUAUUAUGUAUAAUACGUAACAAAAUUUGGUAAUCGAUUAUUACUUU